UAUUUAUUAUUUUUUAUCACAGUAUUUACAUAGAUCAAGGGUCGUAGACCUAGUGUGUAGUUUUAGACAUUUUGGCUUAAUACAUUUUUAGACGAAACUUUUUUCUUGUUUUUUAUCUUUGUUUUAACCUACCAUAUUGUUAAUUUUUAAUAUUUAUUCUUGGGUUAGUUGUUCCCCUAGUUCUGACAUCAAUAAUUAUUCUAAUCUGUCAAAUAUUAUUAUGUAAUGAUUUAGUGCAAUACCAAACUGAUCUGGAUACCAAAGACGACUGGAAUGUAACUUAACAUUUAAAAUCGGAAAAAUUCCAACGUAUUAUGAUCUCAAAAUGCCCUAAUUAUUUAUCAGACUCGUAUGUAAGUAAUUAUAAUUUUUAUUCGUCCGAACACAGUAUUAUUCCAUUGAACUUGCCUAAUCAAAUUACAUAUAUCAAUAAUUAUAAUAAUCGUCACUGCAGCAGUAUGGACCAUCACCACCAACCCCACUACAUUCGCCACCAACCAAAUAGUUCCAAAUCUAUAUUGAAACGAAAAUCUCUUGAAAUAAUGCCCGCCGACGAAGACGGUCCGAUGACGCCCGCAAUAAAGGCAGACGUCAACGCAGACCCUCGGCUACAGUCAUGUUCCUUAAAAACUUCCAACCACAAGUCAUUCUGUAGGCAGGGCAUACUGAAAAAACAGUCGGCCAGUUUUGACGACGAGUCGACACAGAAACCUAUUUUGAAAAACCGCUGUCAGUCUUGCGACGAUGAGUCGUUGCUCGCCAACAAUUUUAGCGAACUCCAUUCGAUUUUGAAACGGAAAACGAGCGAACCGUCGCCAGAACCGCCGUCACAUGGCAUACUAAAGAGGCGUGGCGAACGGGACGUCCGCCCGCCUCGGGAUCGCUGUCAGGCGGCAGUGGUGGAAGAGUCAAACCAAGACAGUCUCAAGCCAAUUUUGAAGAAGAUUUUGUCGGCGGCGGCGGUGGUGGCAGCGGACGACAAAAGGCCGAUCCUGAAGUCGAAGUUAACGGCUGACGGUCUGACCAAGUGUAGUUCAUCAUCCAAACGACCAUCGGUCGCCCAGCGGAUAUCUGACCUGGAGUCCGGGGUCGUCAGAGAUGAUCCUCCCGGCAGCAUUCGUGACUGCAGACUGCAGCACACGCGUAGCGCCCGGGACCGGACGAGGUUUCGCACGCAGCCUGUAACUCCCAGCGAAAUCAAUGCCGUUAAAAAAACUACUGCUGUUACUACGCACUCGGAAAACGACACUCAUCAGAUCGUAAGAAACGUUUCGACACCCGGCUGCAGCGGUCGCAGUUGGGCUGAUAACGAGAAUGUUGUCGCUGCGACCUUGAAGCGCACCAACAGCGUUUCGGUGAAAAAUCGAGAAUUCCAAAGUAUUUUCGAUAAGACCGCUGCAGGUAUCUGCAUUACAUCGUCGGAUGUCAACAGUAAUAUCUGCACAGCCAAAAGUAGACCGUCAAAAUAUAAACAGUGCCAAGAAAAGAAGCUGAAUGCUGCCAAUCGUUACUCGACGCAGCCAGUGACUAACCACGAAUUACAAGAAGCUAAGAAUCUGAACAGUGCUAAAUGCAAAAACGAUGAUGAUAAUGGAAGAUUGCCAAGAAGGAAAUUAGGAAGCUUUAUAAUGGAUCGGCUUCGUAUAUUUAAUGGUAACACUUGUACUAUUGACGUUGACAAAGUAGAGGAAAAAAUAUAUUUAAGAAACGGGAUGGCAGAAUCAACAAAAAAUCCAAUUGAAUGUCUUAAUAAAGAACAAUCAAAAGAUGAGACGAACAAAAUCGCAGAUAUUAUUGUCCAACCUAAAGAUGAGACAAAAACUGUCCUGAAAAAUAAAAUCCCAUCAAAAAAUCCGAAAAAAUCCACAGAAAUUAAAGUUCAAUAUAAAGAUAAGACGAAAAAAAAUCCAGAAAUUAAAGUUCAACCUGUAAAAAUGGCAAAAGAAUCCACUGACAGUGAACGUCUCAAAAAUCGUAUUUCCCGAAAUGUCGCUAUAAAUCGAUCAUUCAACAGCAAUUCGAAAUUGGAAUUGCUCAGACAAGAAAAGUUUGGAACCAUGACCAAAGAAAAUGGAGAGUUACCGAAGCCUAAAAAGUUAGUGGAACCAUCUAGUGAUAAUACUGAUGGCACUUCAGUCAUUAAUGGAGGAUCUAUUAAGGAUAGAUUGGUAGCUUUGAAGAAAAGUGGUCAGAUGGAUUGGCAAAAAAGAUUAUUGAAAAUAAAACCAGAGGAUCACGAGGUGUCAAAUAAUUCAAUAAAUGAGGCUCAAGAUUUACUUCGCAAGCAACUUACUAGACAAGUUAAGUCUACCGAAGAACCAGUUGAAUGUGUGGAUAACAUUUUAGUUGAUCGACUUAAUCGGCUUGAAACUUCUUCUAAGGAUUGGAAAAAACGAGUUGAACAAAAGGACACUACUAAUUUUACAGUAGCUGGGAAAAUGCAAAAUAAAUCUUUACCACCUCUUACGCCUGUUCUUCUGUCAGUCACUCAACGUACCUCAUUAGAAAAAUCAUCUUCAAAUGUAAUGAAAAAUAAAAUAGGCGAUGAGUCUACCAAACAAAUAAAUGUCCGUCGAAGUCUUUCAAUGUCUGAUAGUAAGACAAAAUCUUACCUCAAUAACAAGUCUGAAAAAAUACCUUUAGAAAACGGGUUAAAUAACAUAGGAAAAGAAAAAACCGUUAACGUACCAAUUAUGAUCGAUGAUGAUUUUGAUAAAUUUUUCGGUAGUUCGGUUCAGACAUCUAAUGACGGUCAAAUAGAAAAUGUAGAUUUUGAUCAUUUAAAAUCGACACGAUCUAAUUUACUCGUGCAGCGGAAAAAGGUUAAAUUUAAUCAAAGAAAACACGAGGGGUCAAAAAAUCCAAUAAAAGCAUUAGCGACAAAUCGUGAUCUGGCCCAGCAAAAAUAUACAGAAAAUAAAUCAAAUUUAUUAUUACAACGUAGUUUGGAAACAUCAACUAUCAACACUCCAUUGGCUCGAGAAGCUCUUGCAGCAUUGGCCAGUAAAGAAGAUUUUGCAUCUGUGAAUCUUCGGAAGUCUGGAGAUUCAACUCCUACUUUAUUACCACCAUACAAAGAUUUGAUGUUGCUACAUAUAAAAGGUCGAAGGCGGGUUCAAACUCGUCUUGUUUCUCCAUCUGCUGAUUCUAUCAAUCAAGGCGAUUCCUAUGUGUUAGUCACACCUUCACAAAUUUUCGUUUGGAUCGGAGAAUAUUCGAACGUUAUUGAACGAUCGCAUGCCGCUAAAGUGGCUCAAAGCAUAUUUGACAAAAAAGAUCUGGGCUGCAAAUUUGCUAAUCAGUUGUACACAAUCAAUUGUGAUUCUUCGUUGCCUAAUAGUCAACAUGAAAAGAAGUUUUGGACUCUUCUAGGCGUCACGUCCAGUGAAACGUCUUCCAUCAAAGGCCAAGGAGCGGGACACCCGGACGAAGAUGAAUUGUACGAAGCGGCCAUCGUUUCCACAAACGUUGUGUACGAGGUUACUAAUGAUGAACUCGUUGUGUUGCCAGAAAUCUCGGAAACCAUGGCCAAAAUAGAAAUACUAGAUCCCUCGAAAACGUUAGUUUUCGACUUUGGUAGCGAACUAUAUGUGUGGUACGGCAAAAACGUGAACGUCGCCAAACGCAGGCCAGCUAUCCAUCUGGCUCGUCAACUUUUCGAUGACGGUUACGAUUACUCGCAAUUCGACGUCAGUCCGAUCGAUGUAGCCACGUGUUUGGGUGACAGAAGUGAGUAUUACGAUAAAGACACUGUCUACGUCAAGUCGGGAGCAAAGAGGCCUGAAUGGACGCUAUUUGCCAAGAUAACGCAACAUAUGGAGACGGUAUUGUUUCGAGAGAAGUUUUCAGAUUGGCCGGAUUAUAGUCGAGUCAUAAGAUCGUCGAAGAAGAGCGACGACAAAGAAACUGGAGAACAUGGCACCACAUGCAUCGAUUGGUCGACCGAAAUAAGUGCGUUUGACGCGGACGAGAUGCUGAAAAUGUCGGUCAAUGAACCCGAUUUGAUCUUGGAAGGUAGUCAUCUCGGUCGUGGGUCCUCGUACUACGAUAACGAGACUUUACGAGAGUUCAUCAUAAACACCAUGGAGGUGACCGUAUGGCAUGUCCGAGAAUUCGACAGCACCGAAUUGGGACCCAAAUCUGCUGGUCAAUUUCACAGCGGUGACUCAUACAUUAUUCGGUGGACAUACAACGUUUCUAUUCAAGGUAGAGAACUUAGCGGGUUGCCGUCCCGUCGAAUGGUCACUUCUGGCAGAAAUCGCUGUGCGUACUGGUAUUGGCAUGGUCGUGACGCUACGCAAAACGAUCAGGGUGCAGCCGCUUUGUUGACUAUACAACUAGACACAGAACAGGGACCGCAGUUGAGGAUUGACCAAGGUCACGAACCGCCGGCGUUUUGGAAUCUGUUCAAGGGGACUGCGAUAGUUUACCGUGGCAAGAGAAAUGGAACGCCAAGCACUUGGCGUCUAUUCAUGGUCCACGGGGCGAAUGAGAGCGAAGCCCAUUUAACCGAGGUAUUGUGUUCUACAACGCAAUUACGUAGCCAAACGUCGUUUGUUCUUCUCAACUCUGAAAACGGCACAGUUUUCAUUUGGCACGGAAACGGAUCUUCAGAUGCAAUCAGAGAGCUAUCGUUAAAAGUGGCCGGUAGUCUGUCAAAAUUGGACGGAGGGGAAUUAGGACUAGCCGAUGGCGUCGUCCCGCAGGAACCGAAGACUGUUAGUGAAACAAACGAGUCAUUAGAUUUCUUCAGAGCUCUGGGCUGCAAGAACUCUCGGAGACUCUGCAACCAGCAAUUGUCUCGGCCGGUCGGACAUGGUGCAAGCGAUAUGAAACUGUUUCAUUUCUCGUCAGUUCUCGGGCAGUUCAAAGCAUCGCUGGUGACUGGUGCAUACGUGCCAUCACCGUAUCCGUACUUGCAAGAUCACUUGUACAACGUCAGCCAACCAGCGACGUUCAUGCUUGACACGGGCGAGGAGCUGUGGCUAUGGCAAGGAUGGUGGCCCGAGUCGGCGGUGUUGACGGCGGAGGAAGGAGAUGACGCUGACGCGGAGUCCGCUACCUUAACAGCAACAGCGUUAAACCAUCGCGGAUCAUCGUCGACCAGACUUCAAGCCGAAAGGAGGGCGGCCAUGCAAACAGCGUUAAAUUACUGGAAACGACAAUACGGCGACGACGAUGACAACGAUCCGAAAGCGUUUCUGGUAUGGGCCGGACUCGAGCCGCUCCGGUUUACGGACUGUUUCCCGGAAUGGCGCGACCGCGACGACAUCGCUGAAAUCAAUAUGAAGCAUAACCACAAACCUGGUGAGACGCAGCUUGUCGAAAUAGAGUUGGCGCGUAUCACUCAAGAAUCCUAUCCGGCCGCCCAGCUACUUCAGAGACCUCUACCAGACGGCGUUGAUCCCACCAGACUGGAGCUCUACUUGUCACCGGCCUCGUUCAAAGGCUUAUUAGACAUGAACAAAAAUGAAUUCCUACAACUGCCGAAAUGGAAGCGUACAAAAAUCAAACAGUCUGUCGGCCUCUUUUAAUACGAUCCAAAAUCAACCACUCAAACUAUAUUGUCGUUGAAUUUUUUUUUAUUUGUGUGUAUGUGUGUGUGGAUUAAAAAAAAUGUAUUGUGUAUGCAAUCUUGUAUUUUUCUACUGUGAG